GACCCCCAGCAUCGAUUUGGUUGGCAAGAACGCCAUUGCUGUAAUCAUGGCGGACCUAAAUAGCAGUCUAACAGCCAUGGACUGGCUGCCUAAGCUUAGUGUUGGCUCGGCACUCAGUGGCCAACAACUAAAGAAUAAUAAUAACAACAACGAUGCGUGUAAGGACAAACAAGCUGUACGAAAAGCUCCCGGUUCUCCACUCGAUCCUGGAGCCGUUCUGGACGAAACGGAGGCAAGACAACACCAAACCAGGGAAAGUAAACCUCCGUAUUCCUACGCUAACCUCAUCACUUUUGCAAUAAACAGCUCCCCAAAAAAGAAAAUGACCUUAAGUGAAAUUUACCAAUGGAUAUGUGAUCAUUUUCCGUAUUAUAAGGACGCUGGUAAUGGUUGGAAGAAUUCCAUACGACAUAACCUAUCUCUCAAUAAGUGCUUUAUGAAGGUUCCAAGGAGCAAAGAUGAUCCUGGCAAGGGAUCUUACUGGGCUAUCGACCAAAAUCCCCAAGAAGAAAGCUUUCCUUCAAGACAGAACAGGAAACGUAAACCAAGUGAUUCAAGGCUUUCUCCUUGUGGCACAGAAGAAAAUCAGUGGUCUCCUAACAGUAGUCAAGGAUCUAAUUUGUCUUCUUCACCUGUUGCUCAUUCUCCAACACUUGCUUCAUUACAAGGGGAUCAUUUCUAUACGUCUUCACCCAAUAGCCAAUCAUUUCUUGGAGUUUCACCAAGUUCUUCAUCUAAUGUUCAUUCUGGUAAUGGUAUGAUGGGAAAUGGUGCACAAGGUGGAUUAAACAAUUCAAAUAACUUUGGGGAACCACCACAUAAAAUUUUCCCAGAGAUUGCAUUUGAAGAUCUUAGUGCUUCUUUCAAGAACUUAUACAAGUCUGUUUUUGAUGCUUCACAGAACAGUAGCAGUUUUGGAACUAUGAGGAGUUCCGACCCAGCAGCUACACAACAUGUCGCCACAUCAUUACCUCAAGCAAAACAACAGCAGCAACAUUUAAUGCAAAACAUGGAGACUCUUCUUGAAAGUAUGAACAAAGGAAACAUACAAAACAUAGAUUUGGGCCAUUGGCAGAACCUCAUGGAGAGUAUGAAAGAUAUUGACUUUACAAACAUUGGAUUAGAUGCCAGUCAAUGGCAAGAACUAGCCUAUUCUUUUAGUCAAUACUUAUCCCAGCAGAACUUAUUAGGAAGUGGUGAAAUGCAGUCAAGUCAAGGAUUUGGACUUAUGCAAAGCCCAAAUAUUCCUGUACAGCAAAGCAGUUCUACUUACAGCUCUUCAACUCCUCAGUCAUCUCUCCAUGGAUCCCACACAAGUUACAACAGCUCAGCAGGAUUUAGUGCUGGUUCUAAUCAUUCAAUUCCUGGGAUUAAGGUAACUCCUGUGUCACAAUCAGUACAGGGUGGCACUCAAUUAGAUGAUGAAGAAGAAGAAGACUUCGAUUGGGAGUCAAUUAUGUAGAAAUUAUAAUUACUAACUUAAAAGUAAAAAUAUGCAGAUAUAACAUUUAGCCUUUCAUACAUUCAGCAGAUAAUAAUAAACCCAUGGAAUGAUUCUGAUCUUCACCCUGUUUGAAGAAGCAACAAAAGGCCAACAGUUCUUUCAAUCAAUAUUUGUUUGGGUUUCUUGUAGCCAUCUUAUUAUGGACUUUCACUUUUGAUGCUAUUACUAGUGUGUGUGACUGUCUAAUUUCAUAAAUCCUGCACUUGUAUCAAUAGUGAAAACCUGCUAGACUAACUUUUAUUCUGCAUUUUACAUUAAAAACUAUUAUUUAAGGAAUGGAUCAUAAGUAGCGUGCAUCCAUCGAGUUAUGGAUGCACGCGGGAGGUUGCUAAGCACGAAGAAAAGCAUAAGAGUUGCACGACGCGAAGCGAAGUGCAACUCUAGCUUUUUUGAGUGCUUAAGCAACCUCCCAAGUGCAUCCAUAACUCGAUGGACGCACAGCUACUUGUGAUCCAUUGCUUUUAUAAUAUAGUCAAGUCAACAAACAAGAAAUAAAUACAAAUUAUAGACUGUAUUUGUUGAUCAUGCCCUAAAUUCUCCUUACGCACCUUGAGUGAAUGAAAAGCACAAAGGCGCCAAAAACAGAAAAACAGUCGUUUUGAAAAUGGCAGCUUUACACUGAA